ACUCCCUUCUUCUUCACUCCUUUCCCUUUCCAUCAUCAAACCCUGCACUUCACUAUAUAAUCCUUCAUCCAUCUCUGUAAUUCUUCAAAUCUUGAAGUUUUCUCUUAAUUAUGGAGAAUUUGAUGCUUCUUCUCCCUCUUCUUCUUCUUCUUCUUGCACCUCUUGCUUCGACGACGACUCUUAGUUUGGACAACCCUAGCUUUCCAUCGACUCUAGCCAAGAAGAUGAUCAGGGACUUCAAUUUGUUCCCAGAACGCUCGAUCAACAUCGUUGAGGACGAUGAUGGGUUGCGAUCGUCGAGUUUUCAGCAGAAGAAGAUAGUUGAGAAACGUUUUAAGUUUCCCAAUUUAGUCGAUCCAAAUGGCAUAUCUGUUGAUGAUUUAGGUCAUCACGCUGGUUAUUAUCAGAUUGAACAUUCUCAUGCUGCUCGGAUGUUUUACUUUUUCUUCGAAUCACGGAGUCGCAAAACAGACCCUGUCGUUAUCUGGCUAACUGGAGGGCCAGGAUGUAGCAGCGAGCUUGCACUCUUUUAUGAAAAUGGUCCUUUCAAAAUUGAAAAGAACUCUUCUCUUGUCUGGAAUGAGUAUGGAUGGGAUCAGGCAUCAAACCUAUUGUAUGUUGACCAGCCUACUGGAACCGGCUUUAGUUAUAGCUCUGAUAACCGUGACAUUCGCCACAAUGAACAGGGUGUGAGUGAUGACCUGUAUGACUUUUUACAGGCCUUCUUCAAAGAGCAUCCUGAAUUUGCAAAGAAUGACUUUUAUAUAACUGGAGAAUCAUAUGCUGGUCAUUAUAUUCCUGCUUUUGCUGCUCGAGUCAACAAAGGAAACAAAGCCAAGGAAGGAAUCCAUAUAAACCUGAAGGGAUUUGCCAUUGGAAAUGGGCUCACUGAUCCACUAGUUCAGUACAAGGCGUAUACUGAUUAUGCCCUAGACAUGGGAAUAAUUAAGGAGUCUGAUUACAAACACAUCAACACGAAACUUCCAGCGUGCGAGACAGCAAUUAAACUUUGUGGCACUGAUGGAACAAUAGCUUGUAUGGCUGCAUACUUGGCUUGCAACACCAUCUUUAGCUCGAUCAAGUCUGUCGCUGGCAAUAUCAAUCAUUAUGACAUCAGAAAGGAGUGUGAGGGCAGCCUCUGCUAUGACUUUUCAAACAUGGAGAACCUACUUAGCAAGAAAUCUGUUAAGGAGGCUCUUGGAGUGGGUGACAUAGAUUUUGUUUCCUGCAGCCCUGUUGUAUAUCAGGCCAUGAUCAUGGACUGGAUGAGGAAUCUUGAAGCUGGUAUCCCUCACCUCCUCGAAGAUGGGAUUAAGUUGCUCGUAUAUGCCGGAGAAUACGACCUCAUCUGCAACUGGCUCGGCAAUUCAAGAUGGGUUCAUGCAAUGGAAUGGAGUGGUCAGAAAGAGUUUGGUGCAUCUGCUGAUGUUCCUUUCAUGGUUGGUGGUUCUGAAGCUGGCUUAUUCAAAACCCAUGGCCCACUCACUUUCCUUAAGGUUCAUGAUGCGGGUCAUAUGGUUCCUAUGGAUCAACCAAAGGCAGCUCUAAACAUGCUAAAAAGGUGGGCAAAGGGAUCACUUUCUGAAAGCACAACUGGUGUUUCUUCCAUGUAAUGUGAGCAAUGGACGUGGUCUUGACCUUGGAUAUUUAUCAUCUUGGAUGGUUUCAUAUUCCGCAAACUAAGAAUUGGCUCGUAAAUCUGUUCAUCUUGUUGGGUAAUCUAAUUGAUGAUUGGCUUGUAAAUCAGUGUAAUCUAAAUGAUGGUUGGCUCGUAUGUCAAUAAAUCUUGAUGAGUGAUCUAAACACUGUUUUGUUUUGUUCACUAGUAACAUUUUCCAUGUUUUC